ACCCAAUUCCACUUAUGCGGCUUCUACGGUGCCUAGAGAUUUUGAUUGCAAGCGCAUCUCAUUCAUGUCGGCCAUUUUACUGAUAAUGUUUUCAACUAAUUAUUUGACUUUAUUCGCGUGUGUAUUUAUGUAAUUAUCAGAUCAAAACGUAAACGCAAUCAUAUUCUAAAAAUUUAAAGACAAUCUAACGUAAUGUUGUGAGAAAUAAUCGUGUUUCUCGCAUGAUGAAAUAUUGUUGACUUUAUGUGAGUUUGUUAUUAAAAACUACGAUGUCUGUGACCAGCGACGAUGCAUCGGGUGGAUCCGGUAGCGGUUUAUCUAUCCAAGUGUUUCGACCCACGUGGGAUGAGUUUAAAGACUUUAAUAAAUACGUUCAGUAUAUGGAAUCGAAGGGGGCACACAAGGCUGGUCUCGCUAAAGUGAUACCACCACCGGAAUGGGUGCCAAGGAAGAAAGGGUACAAUUUAGACGAUCUCAACAUCACAAUACCUUCGCCUAUAUGUCAAGUGGUCACCGGAAAGCAAGGUUUGUUUCAACAAAUUAACAUACAGAAGAAAUCAAUGACAGUGAAACAGUUUGCGGUUAUGGCUAACUCCGCGAAGUAUUGUACGCCUCGGCACACGAAUUACGACGAUCUGGAGAGGAAAUACUGGAAGAAUGUUACCUAUGUGGCUCCUAUAUAUGGAGCUGAUGUAAACGGCAGUAUCACAGAUCCAGAUGUAAAAGAAUGGAAUAUAAAUCGCCUCGGAACGAUCUUAGACUUCGUAAACUCUGAUUAUGGGAUAGAAAUAGAUGGUGUUAAUACUGCUUACCUGUAUUUUGGUAUGUGGAAGACGACUUUUGCCUGGCACACUGAAGACAUGGAUUUAUACUCAAUUAAUUAUUUACACUUUGGCGAACCUAAAACAUGGUAUUCUAUCCCACCGGAACAUGGAAAACGGUUCGAAAGAAUAGCAUCUGGUUUUUUCCCAACAUCGGCUAAAACUUGCCAAGCGUUCCUGCGUCACAAAAUGACAUUAAUAUCACCACAAAUCUUAAAGCAAUAUGCUGUUCCUGUCAAUAAAGUAACACAGAAGCCUGGAGAGAUCAUGAUAACAUUUCCAUAUGGCUACCAUGCUGGUUUCAACCAUGGAUUUAACUGUGCCGAGUCUACAAAUUUUGCGGCUCCUCGUUGGGUUGAAUAUGGCAAAAGAGCACUGCAAUGUACAUGCAGUAAUGAUAUGGUUAAAAUUUCUAUGGACACAUUUGUUAAACGUUUUCAACCGGACCGCUAUGAACUAUGGCUGAAAGGAGAAGAUGUUGGUUGUCACCCAGAACAACCAGAGAAGAUGGUGCCGGCUCCAUCUCCCUCCGGACAAGACAUUCUUUGCAAUAAAAAUAAUACUGAACUACCCGAGUCAUUCAUAGAGGCAGAGAUUGAGGGACUGAAGAAGAAAAAAAGACAUCCUCUACAUUUGAAAAGAGCAAUGGCAAGCAAGAGUAUUUCCGAAGGUGCCAUUGCUGUAUCCAUCUUGGGUCAUGAUAUUAUGGAUGAUGAUGAGAUGACUAUGGCAGAGGGUGACCUUGACAUGAUGACUUCAAUGAAGAGACAAAUGAUGCCACUGUCUCCCAAUGACACUCAACUUGAUGCUCUUGAAGAUAUUUGGCUAAAAGGUGAUGAGAUGGAACCAUCAGAAGCUCAACAACCUGAUGUUGGCUAUAUGGACUCGGAUAAAGACUCAGAUUAUGAAGUCCCAAGGUCAAGGAAAAUUACAAAACCUAAGAAAAGACGAAAGAAGGAAACAAAAGAAAAAGUCAAAGAAGGAGAUGAAGAAACUGUCAGGUCUAAGAAAACCCCACCACUGAAUAGGACACACAAGAGAAAAGUUAAGACUAAAAAGCUGUCUGAAGAGCAACUGGAGGAUAUGGCAGCUGUGAUUUCAAACUGGGAUUCUCCGCCGCAUGAAGAUGACGUUGCUACCAACGUAACCAAAACUGAAUCUGUUUCCAACCCAAUAUUAAAAAGUUUACUUAACAAAGACAGCCCAAGCCCAACAAAUGAUAAGAAACUCAAGAAACGAAAAUCAUCAACAAAAGAUACAGAACCAGUGGAAAAAGAGAAACAAGAAAAGGCUAAGAAAGAAAAAAAAGAAGGCAUUGUCAAGAAAGAGGAUUCAAAAGAUAAGACGGAAAAGAAAUCUAGAAAACCACGGACUCCGAAAAAGAAAGUCAUUGUUGAAUACAACAAUACUCCAGAAACUUUUAUACCAAGUCAUACAGCUACUAGAGUUUUGGAUCUUGAUGCAAAGGAAUCAAAGGAUGGUAUCGCAGAAACAAAAAAGACUGACAGUGUCCCCCCAGUUCCAUCUAGUUCAAAAAGCCCAGUCUUACCAAAGCCAUCCUUGCCUGCAGAAGUUUACACCGGUCUACGCGUCAGUCCGAAUCCACGUCAAACAGCAGUCCCACCUAUCAACAAAAAUCCAACCGCAUUCCAAGGAGAAUUUCAUAAAUUCAUGGUCACAGCAAACCUUAAACCAGAGCCGUUACCUCUACCUACAAUGCGCAUACCUAAGAAAAAGCCACCGAAAACCAAAUAUACGGAACCAACAAGAACAGUCCCCACUCCAGUACUAACCGAACCUCCCAUCCCUAAAUGUCAAUACAAUGACAACAUAUUUGUAAACAGACCAUUAGAUUUUAGAAUGAAUUCGUUCCCACCUGGACCUCAGAAUGCACCACCUCGUGCCGAUCCAACAGUUCAAACUCAAUGGAGAGGUGAAUAUCCAAAUCAGCGCACACUCUUACAAAAUGUACAACCAAACUACGGUGACAAUUCAAAUUAUUACAGGAGUCCGUAUCAAACACCGUGGUCCGAUUAUGCAUGUCUGAACGUGCUGACGAAGCAAGAGGUCUCGCCGUGCGUGGAAAAGGAGGAGGUGAAAGUGGAGGUGGAAAGGUUUAUAGAUCACGCCCGACAGAUGGAAGCUUUCUUUUUACAGAAAAGGUUCCUGCUGUCAGCGAUGAAGCCUGAACUCCUAGUGAAGGAGGACAACAAUGAAUUGAAAUGCGAGUUACAGCGAAAAGAUGAAUUGUUACGUCGACAUUAUGAUAAAGUUACACAAUGGCACGGAUUACUUGCUGAUUUACAGGGUCACACUGUGUACAACAAAUGUCAACAACAGAGCGCGCCGCCCGCGCUGCAGCAAGCUGCCUCGCCCAUGCCUCAGCCAUGCGCAGUGCAGCAAAGUGUACAGGCUCGAUAUGCGCAGGCGCAGCAGAUGGCAGCUGCGCAGCAGGCGGCGCUGCAGCAGCAGGCUCUGCAGCAGCAGCAGGUACCUCGCCCCCCGCACCCGCCUGCAUACCCCGCAGGGCCCCAACGCCGGUAGCCCACUCACCCCCACACUAGAAUGUCUAUGCCUUCAUGCCUAACACUUAUGCAGAUUUAUAGUAUGUUUCAAAUAUCUCUUUGGCCCAAGCAAAUCUGCGCAAUGCUCUCACACCGCACCCCUGUUCAUUAUGCUACACCAAUUGUCUCCGAUGAGCCGAUGAGAUAUUUGAAAAUUUUUAUACAUUUUAAAUUCUGUUUAUCCGC